AUGGACUCAGAUCCCUUCGCAGUUUGGGACGAUCCCGCAAGUGCUUCAACUUCUGCUGCUUCUACGUCGGCGGCCAAGCGAUCGAAGGAAGUACCAGGAAUCGAGGCAGACAAGGAGAAUGUACGCCUGUCCCUCGAGUACGAAGACGAGGAUCCGGGUUGGGGUGCGGCUUCCGCCUCCAACUCAAGAGCAAAUAGCCCGGAGAAGACAAGAAAGCAAGUGUCACCCUCGCGAGCUGCUGCCGAUGCUGCUCGCUCACCGACCUCCGAAGUCCAGACCUUGGAACAUACGUCAGACUUGGCUCGAUUAACACCGACCGAAGAUGCAUCGUCCAGCAUGACAGAAGUGAAGGAAGAGGCAGUAACGAUAGCGCCUCCGGCUGUGGAGCAAGGUAUCGCGGCCGAGACCCCCGCAGACAAGCCUGCGGCAGAGGCUCUUGCAGAGCCGGACGAGGAAGAGGACGACGACAUAGACACCUUCGAAGACUCGCGGCAGGACCAAGCUGAGCACAUCGAGCACGAAGUGACUCCACAAGAAUUUGAUGCGAAGGUUACGAUAGCAGCGGAUUCUUCAGUGCCGCCAGAGGACGACGAUGGGUUCGACGAUUUUGGAGAGCCGGCGGGAGUAGGGGAAGGUGCAGCUGCAAAUGAUGACUUUGGCGAUUUUGACGACUUCGAGACCGGAGAUGCGCAGGACGAUGAUGGUUUUGGCAACGACGACUUCGGUGAUGACGGACUUGAGCAACCAACGGGCGAUGCAGCACGACAGACGCCAGCACCAGCGCUGGCUUACGCAGCACCGCCUACGACGCGAGAUUGGGCCCCUCUGCAAGUGACGGCAAAGUCGAGUCGGAUCGAACUUGCAAAUUCCGUCAAUGCGUUGCUUCCCCUUUCAGCAGCAGCAGAAAAGAGCUUGGACACGACGGCUCUCCGGCAGGUGGGAGGACCAUCGCAAGUGCUAGUGAGCCCAGAAUCGCGUCAACUUUGGGCUGACUUAUCCAGCUUCCCCUCGGUCAAGCCGAUCGACUGGGUGCGCAGCAAGACUCGACGCGACUAUCUCAUAUCGAUGGGCGUACCGGUCAACUUGGACGAGAUUCAUUCUUCGUUUGCAUCAGGGUCGGGCGGUUCAAAACAACUCCCGCCCUUGCAGUUGAAGUACGAGUCGUCCGCAGCUGGUCGUGCUUCUGGUCCGCUCGACUCGAACGGCAGCGUUCCACACAGGAGCUCGAGCUUGAAGCUGGCAGGCACUUCGGCGCCAGCAUCAGCAGCACAACGAUCGGCAUCGGCAUCCAACAGCCCACGAAAUGGCAAUUCAAGUCCAGCGCUGGGCUCGAGUACGAAUCGCGAGCGUAUGGUGGAGCGACGCAUGCAGGAGCUCGGACUGGGUCCAGCACCAGCGGUAGACCUGCGAAGGGCGCAAGAGCUGGUAAACAAAACGGAGGAUCAGCUCACGCUACUUUCCCUGCCGGCCCUCAAGUCGAUGCUGAGAGAUCUGAACACGAUUACGACGUCGACAUCGAGUCUGUUGACGCAUCAUCUGACGUUGAGGGAGAGCUACCAGGCGGAUUCGGAGAUGUACAACUCGAUGAUCAAGGAACUGGUCACGGGUGCGGCGAGCAGAUUCAGUAGUGGAAGCGGAUCGGGAGGAAGCAACUCGGUGGCGGGGGGUCGAGGGGACAGCCGUCGCUCGACAACGAUGGGAAUGAAUGCGUCGAGUUCGGGCAAGGCGAGGGUGAACAGCUUACCAGCAGCAUCAGCGGCCAUGUCGGGGACACGGUCGAUGAGCCCGUCACUGAGAGGCGGUGCUGCAACAAGCCCACGACGGUGA